UUUAUCACACACACGCGACACCUGUAUGCGUCGGCAUCGGUUCUUUUAGUAUUUGUAUGGCAGGGGGAAACCUUAACGGUAGAGAACGGUAGAGGAGAAACGUUUUGUGUUUAUUGUUUUUCUGUGAAGUUGAACGAGGAAGCUAUUUAUAAAGCGGAAUGUUCCAGCUUCAAAACCUUCAGGAUCUGAGGCAUACUGCCUCACUAGCCACCAAGGUGUUCAUUCAGAGGGACUACAGUGAGGGCACCAUCUGCAAGUUCCACACCAAACUUCCAGCAGAACUCAGCAGCAGGAUCGAGCGGACCCUGUUUGAAGACACCGUGAAGACGCUCAAUAACUACUACGCAGAGGCCGAGAAGAUCAGCGGUCAGUCUUACCUGGAGGGCUGCUUGGCUUGUGUGUCAGCUUACAUUAUAUUCCUCUGCAUGGAGACACGAUAUGAGAAGGUCCUAAAGAAGAUCUCCAUGUAUAUUCAGGAGCAGAAUGAGAACAUCUAUGCACCUCGAGGACUUCUUAUCACUGACCCUAUUGAGAGGGGAAUGAGAGUGAUAGAGAUCUCUGUUUUUGAGGAUCGUAGCUCCACCGGCUCCAGUUCCAGUGGCAGCUCAGUAUCUGGCAGCAGUGCUCGGUGACUGGAGGAGCAGCACCAGGGUUACGGGUACCGAGGGGCCAAAGGGAUCACCAAGAUUCACAUGUUGAAACAUGAGAGCACCAGAUUUUGAAUUAACAGAAUGUCAAAGCCACUUAUUUCUCCUCAUCUCUCUUUGCUAUUACAUAGUAAUUCACACAGUACACACACAAACCCUCCCUCACUCCCACCCUUACAUUGUCUUCUGUGUUUCCAUUAGCAACACUCAUGAUCUGUGAGCUCCAUACAUCAUGUCCCACAAAUGCUGAAAUACAGAGCAGGAGUCUACUUAUAAAAUAUUUACUAAUUAAAAUAUUUCUUUAAGUGUACCCGCUAUAUUGAUGUCAGUUGGACAUUGUUAUGCAUUUGGCACCAGGGUUGAGUGCUGGACAAUGGCCAAGCUCUCCUCAUUCUUCUGUCUGGUCUUCUUUAAGAGGCAUUGCCAUAGUUCACUGCCAUUGCUGAUCCUGUGUAGUGCUUGAGGCUUCUGUUCACUUGGCCAACUCUACCAUUCACCUGUGGCUCAGUGGUUUGCUGUUUUGUGGUGUGGGCAGCGAGCCCAGGUGGAUCAAGUUCUCUCCACGUCUCAGCUCAUUGGGUAUGCAAGCGAGCUUUAGUCAGUCGAGGACCUUUUGUCUCCAUGAGAUGAAAGCAACUAGUAAUUUUGGCUUGUCCGCUGAGCUGUGGUUGGUGAAUGUGUGUGUGUAUGUAUGUUUGGAUCAGAUAAGCUGCAUUUAGCUGAUAAAAUUGAGAGGAAGUUGAAUCAGCAGCUGCUUAAAAUGAACUCUCCAACAGAACAGCUCCUCAUGUGUAAUGUUUCAGUCUUGGACUUUUUUGCUCUAAUGAUAGCUCUAGGCUGAAACUUGCACUGCAUCUUAUACAUCUUUAUGCAUACUCAGCAGCUUAAUCCUGGGAAAAAACAUAAAAAUAUUGUGAUGUACACAUACUUACUUCCUGCAUAAAACGCAAUGGAAUACAUCAAAGAGUCAGAAUGGAUUAAGAUAUGAUUGUGUUUGUUAUUUAAAGGCAUUCAGCUCUGUGAACACAAUAUAAAAAAUUGCCAGACAUUGCACAAGGGUUUUGUCAUAUGAACAGCAGUUGUUUAGUCAGAUCAUUUUCAAAAGAGAAGCUGAUAAGGCAAAUGUAACAGAACUUUGCAUCAGAGAUUUUCUCCAUGAGGCUUUUUUUUUUUUGCAUUCCAUUCAAACUCUUUAUUCGGGAAUAUAGCUUGCCCACAAAUAUUGUAAUAAGAUAAGCAUGUAGAUCCAUUCAGAAUGUGAAUUUCUACAUGAAUAUCAUGUAACUUAAUUUUCAUUCAUUCAUUCAUUCAUUCAUUCAUUCAUUCAUUCAUUCAUAUUUUAUAACCACUUUAUCCUAAUCAGGGUUGAAGUGGAUCCUACACUGGAGUUCUACACACUCCUUUGUACACUCAAGGCAAUUUAGCAUAACCAGUCCAUCUAACACACAGAGAGCAUACAAAGUACAUCUAAACGGUUAUACUUCUAUCAGUUCACACUUAGGAAAAUUCAAUACUAUUGCUACAUGUAGAAAGGCUGAGAAGGAUGUCCCUAGGAUAGCAGUACCAUGCACUUGAUAUUAUUUGUGUUGGUUGGUCUAUCAUAAGAAUAAUACAAAACAAGAAUGAUGUUCUUGCAUGGCUUCAGGUAUUAAGGAAGCUGACAGCUUUCCAAAGACAACAUAGCAGAACCAUCUUUAGUUUACUGAAGAGCAAUAGUGUAUGUUCCACAUGAAUAUUGGAACGAUAUCCUGCAGAUAAACUUUCAAAAUAUCAAAACCAACAUUUAAAAAUAGAAUUUUAUCUGUAAGGCAUGGCAUGCAGUAUCUUUGGUACAUCAUGGCCUGGAUGUCUUAUAAAGUAUUCAACAAUGUACAGCUGAAAAGUUCAGCCAGGAGAUCCUCAGCAGAAUAGUUGAAUAUUAAGGCAUCUGUCUGUAAUCUAAAGGCUAGGACAUGCAAAAUGGCAAUGACAGGGACUACAGGAGUAAAUUUUUGAUUACCUGUGAGGUAAUUAAAUAUUACAGAAGCCAUGGCCUUGAAGUUAAUGCCUAUAAAGGAGGUUUUAGUAGUUUCUAAAUUGAAGGUACAGCAUAUUUCCUGCAUUAAAUUUUAUUGUUGGUUAGACCAUUUGUUUAAUGAAGGUGAUGAAGGCACUGUAACUAUAUGUUCAGUGUCCAAAAUUAAUGUGUACAACUGGUGGCACAAUGGGUAACAGAUCUCAGAUCUCCAGGUUUUCUGGUUCAGUCUUGUGCUCAGGUUGUGUGGAGUGACUAUGUAGAGUUUGUGCAUGUUGUCUCUUGUCCUGUCAGGUUUCCUCCUUUAUUACCCCUCUCCAACAACAAGUCAGUAUUUGGAUAAGUUGCUCUAAAUUCCCCAUAGGUAUUAAUGAAUAUGAUGGAUGUGCGUGAUGUCUUGCGAUUGUCUAUUCAGUGUGUAUUGUAGGCUCAAGAUCCACCAGCACAAUGACAAGGAUAAA